UGUAACUGCAGUGGGCGAGCGGAUACGUGUGUGUUCGAUGCGGAUCAGUACCGCAGUACAGCCAGUGGGGGGCGCUGUUUAGACUGUAGGGACCAGACUGACGGACAGCACUGUGAACGCUGUAGAGAGAACCACUACCGACGGUCACCACAGGACCCAUGCAGCCCCUGUGACUGUAACACCAUAGGUAAACCAUGUAUUUUAGACUGCUUCAUAUUAAGGCAUCAUAAACAUUAACUCAAUCAAUGUUUCAUUCAUUCACUAACAUUCAUUCAUUCAUCAAGGGCUAAAUCAUUCCUAUUCAGUCAGUUAACUGUAACUUGUUAUUGAUCUUUAAUCUAACUGAACCAUUGAUUGUAAUCAUUGCUUAGUCUAACUGUUCAUUAGAGACACAACAUCUUGGUGGUUUCUAUAUGCUAUGUGGAUGAUGGUCAAUAAUGCAUUAAAUCCCUUACAUACACUCAUCAUCAUCAUCAUCAUGGUAAGAAUGUGGUUUGUGGCCAGACCCCCUAGGCCUAUGAUCAUCUGUCCUUCCUGUGGUGUGUGUAGUCUACCUCAACCACUCUCUCUGUAUCUAUACUCUAUCUAUCUAUCUAUCUAUCUAUCUAUCUAUCUAUCUAUCUAUCUAUCUAUCUAUCUAUCUAUCUAUCUAUCUAUCUAUCUAUCUAUCUAUCUAUCUAUCUAUCUAUCUAUCUAUCUAUCUAUCUAUCUAUCUAUCUAUCUAUCUAUCUAUCUAUCUAUCUAUCUAUCUAUCUAUCUAUCUAUCUAUCUAUCUAUCUAUCUAUCUAUCUAUCUAUCUAUCUAUCUAUCUAUCUAUCUAUCUAUCUAUCUAUCUAUCUAUCUAUCUAUCUAUCUAUCUCUUUCUCUCUCUCUACCUAUCUAUAUAUGUCUACCUAUCUCUCCAUCUACCUCUCUGUAUCUAUCUAUCUCUCUCGUUCUCUCUCUCUCCCCCGCUCCUCUCUAUCUCUCUCUCACACUCUCGCUCUCUUUCUGUCCCUCCCCUUCUCUCUCUCUCUCUUUCUCUCUCUCUCUCUCUCUCUCUCACUCAAUCAUUCUGUCUCUCUCCUCUCUCUCUCCCUCCCUUUCUCUCUCCCAGGUUCUGUGAGUCUGCAGUGUGGUGUGGAGGGGAAGUGUGAGUGCAGACCCAGUGUGACGGGGGAGAAGUGUGACACCUGUCAACCUGGCUUCCACUCCCUCAGCCCUGGCGGCUGCAGGUACACACACACACACACACACACACAUAAACAAAAAAAUUAACAAACACUUUGAAGACAGAGAGAGAGUAAUAGAACAAUGCAGUUGUUUUUUUAAGGAUAUUUUUUCUGUCUGUAUGCGUCUAAUCUACGGCCACGUUCAGUAGGCCACAAUAUUGUGGAACUAUCUGCCGGUUCAGUACAUUGCACUCUCCUGAAUGCAACCCUGUGUGGGGUGUGUGUUCACAUUUAAUGUCAACAUUCAGACAUGCUAUUUUAGUUUUAUUCAUGAGAAGCACAUCUUAACUUUCCAUGAACCUCUGGUGUAGAGUAGAGGAGCAAUCCAAUUCUAGUUUGUGUUUAUUGAUUUAUUUUGUCAUGCUGCAGUGGUUCUAGCCAUUAGAAACACACUGUCCCUGACCCUAUUUGCUUCUGUAGUGUUGAGGUGUACACCAGGGCUGAGCAGAGUACCAAAAUAUGGACUUUCUUCCAGUUUGUGACAAUUAUCCACUAUUGCUGUUGUUGCUAAUUCAUUACUACUGUUGCCUGCUACUAUUAACAAUACCGCUAUUUGCAAUGUCUUUACUAUCCCCUUGAUAUAGUAAACAGUACCUACUCCUAUCCCAUUAAUAUACUGUAGUAAACAGUACCUACUCCUAUCCCCCUGAUAUAGCAAACAGUACCUACUCCUAUCCCCUUGAUAUAGUAAACAGUACCUACUUCUAUCCCCUUGAUAUAGUAAACAGUACCUACUCCUAUCCACUUAAUAUAGUAAACAGUACCUACUCCUAUCCCCUUGAUAUAGUAAAUAAUACCUCCUCCUAUUCCCUUAAUAUAGUAAACAGUACCUACUCCUAUCCCCUUAAUGUAGUAAACAGUACCUACUCCUAUCCCCUUAAUAUAGUAAAUAGUACCUACUCCUAUCCCCUUAAUAUACUGUAGUAAACAGUACCUACUCCUAUCCCCUUGAUAUAGCAAACAGUACCUACUCAUAUCCCCUUGAUAUAGUAAACAGUACCUACUCCUAUCCCCUUAAUAUAGUAAACAGUACCUACUCCUAUCCCCUUGAUAUAGUAAACAGUACCUACUCCUAUCCUCUUGAUAUAGCAAACAGUCCCUACUCCUAUCCCCUUGAUAUAGCAAACAGUACCUACUCCUAUCCCCUUGAUAUAGUCAACAGUACCUACUCCUAUCCCCUUAAUAUAGUAAAUAGUACCUACUCCUAUCCCUUCUCACAACCAAGUUGUUCCUACAAUGCCUCCUGCAUGACGCACCACCACGACUCCUCUCUGGCUGUCUGUUGGACCUCAGGAUUUGGUGCAAAUCAAUGUCCAAAUCAAAGCUUGUUGACUCCUUGGCGACUCAAGGUGCUGUGAAUGUUCAUAUCACAGCAUGGACGAUGUUUAGCUGAGUAAUUCACACUGCAGACUAGAGAGAGGAGAGCAAAGAAGGACAAACACACUGAGGUAGAGAAUCACAGCAAGGGCUAUGUAUGGACCUACACUGGUUUAUAACACAGACACUUAAGGACACCAGACAUACACGUGAGCAUAUGGAGAGACACACUUAUACAGUGGGGAAAAAAAGUAUUUAGUCAGCCACCAAUUGUGCAAGUUCUCCCACUUAAAAAGAUGAGAGAGGCCUGUAAUUUUCAUCAUAGGUACACGUCAACUAUGACAGACAAAAUGAGGGGGAAAAAUCCAGAAAAUCACAUUGUAGGAUUUUUAAUGAAUUUAUUUGCAAAUUAUGGUGGAAAAUAAGUAUUUGGUCACCUACAAACAAGCAAGAUUUCUGGCUCUCACAGACCUGUAACUUCUUAUUUAAGAGGCUCCUCUGUCCUCCACUCGUUACCUGUAUUAAUGGCACCUGUUUGAACUUGUUAUCAGUAUAAAAGACACCUGUUCACAACCUCAAACAGUCACACUCCAAACUCCACUAUGGCCAAUACCAAAGAGCUGUCAAAGGACACCAGAAACACAAUUGUAGACCUGCACCAGGCUGGGAAGACUGAAUCUGCAAUAGGUAAGCAGCUUGGUUUGAAGAAAUCAACUGUGGGAGCAAUUAUUAGGAAAUGGAAGACAUACAAGACCACUAAUAAUCUCCCUCGAUCUGGGGCUCCACGCAAGAUCUCACCCCGUGGGGUCAAAAUGAUCACACGAACGGUGAGCAAAAAUCCCAGAACCACACGGGCGGACCUAGUGAAUGACCUGCAGAGAGCUGGGACCAAAGUAACAAAGCCUACCAUCAGUAACACACUACGCCGCCAGGGACUCAAAUCCUGCAGUGCAGACGUGUCCCCCUGCUUAAGCCAGUACAUGUCCAGGCCCGUCUGAAGUUUGCUAGAGUGCAUUUGGAUGAUCCAGAAGAGGAUUGGGAGAAUGUCAUAUGGUCAGAUGAAACCAAAAUAGAAUUUUUUGGUAAAAACUCAACUCGUCGUGUUUGGAGGACAAAGAAUGCUGAGUUGCAUCCAAAGAACACCAUACCUACUGUGAAGCAUGGGGGUGGAAACAUCAUGCUUUGGGGCUGUUUUUCUGCAAAGGGACCAGGACGACUGAUCCGUGUAAAGGAAAGAAUGAAUGGGGCCAUGUAUCGUGAGAUUUUGAGUGAAAACCUCCUUCCAUCAGCAAGGGCAUUGAAGAUGAAACGUGGCUGGGUCUUUCAGCAUGACAAUGAUCCCAAACACACCCCCCGGGCAAUGAAAGGAGUGGCUUCGUAAGAAGCAUCCUGGAGUGGCCUAGCCAGUCUCCAGAUCUCAACCCCAUAGAAAAUCUUUGGAGGGAGUUGAAAGUCUGUGUUGCCCAGCGACAGCCCCAAAACAUCACUGCUCUAGAGGAGAUCUGCAUGGAGGAAUGGGCCAAAAUACCAGAAACAGUGUGUGACAACCUUGUGAAGACUUACCGAAAACGUUUGACCUGUGUCAUUGCCAACAAAGGGUAUAUAACAAAGUAUUGAGAAACUUUUGUUAUUGACCAAAUACUUAUUUUCCACCAUAAUUUGCAAAUAAAUUCAUUAAAAAUCCUACAAUGUGAUUUUCUGGAUUUUUCCCCCUCAUUUUGUCUGUCAUAGUUGACGUGUACCCAUGAUGAAAAUUACAGGCCUCUCUCAUCUUUUUAAGUGGGAGAACUUGCACAAUUGGUGGCUGACUAAAUACUUUUUUUCCCCACUGUACAUGGACAGGUGUGUGGGCAUGGUAUGCUUGCUCCAUUCCUCUCUCUCACAUAGACAUGCACACACAAACUUUCCUCUUCCCUCCUCCCUCUCCCUCUCCAUCCCUCCAUCUCUCUCCCUCCCUCUUCCUUCCUCUCCCUCCAUCCCUCUCUCCCUCCAUCCCUUCCUCAGUCUGCCAGUGUGCUGAUCUGAAGAGUGAGGUGUGAAUUACACAGGCCAGUGGAGCAGAACAGAGUAGAAGCCUGCCCAUUGGAUAAUUGAAUUAUUCUUAAUAGCAACCUUGUUAAAAUAUUGAUUUUGUGUUACAGUUCUGGAGGAAAACAAUCAAUCAAUGAAGGUGAUCAAACAUGUUUUCAUAGAACAAAGCUUUUGAUUGACACAGCUUGCGACCCCACCUAACCAAUCAUGGUCUGGUGAUCAGGCUGUUUUCAGCGUGUGUGUAUGUGUGUGCGAGUGAAAGAGAGCGAGCAAAGACUAAACAACCCUUGCCAGCGUAAUUAAUCAAUGAAACAACAUGUACACUGUGAAACAGAGACACAACCAAAUACUCAACCAAAUAUCAAUUUUGACUUUCUUACCUAUGUGUUAACCUACAGUAAGUGUCCCAUGAUGUUAUGACCCCAGUCAUAACCAGUUUGACCUCUGGCUGACCUUAUACCUUUACCCGAUGUUGUUAUUGUCUCUCUACAGGUCGUGUGACUGUGACCGUAGGGGCAGUGUGGGCGUCUGCUCUGUGCUGGAUGGUGGAUGUCACUGCAGGGCUAACGUGGAGGGACAGGCGUGUGACAGGUGACCCGUGAUAUUCUACUGCGUCAUCACCUUAUAUAACAUAAUACUACCCUCCGGUUACCACGGUGACACAGACUCCCAGGAACGUUUUCAGUGUUGCCAAUUUAGUGACUUUGUCACUAUAUUUAGCGAGUUUUCAGACUCCACCAGCAACACUUAUUGGUAAAAGAGGCUAGCGACAGAUUCAGCUACUUUUCAGGCUGCCUUUGAGGAGUUUUGACACUGAGGAUUUCUACUGUUUUAAAAGCAUUUAGUGACUUUUCCCACUCAAUUCUGCUGCAAACGACAGUGGGAGAAGCUGUCUGCAACAGAAGUCACAGCAACGGUGCAGACACAGAAAGAGCACAAGGGGAGGGGGUGUGCGGCGGGAGAGGAUUGAAAACGCUACGUCAGGAACCGCAGCAAGGCAAAACAUAAUCUAGUGACUUCUAGCAACAAAUCAAGGAGCCAAUAGCGAUUUUCACUGAAAAAUAGUUGGCAGCUCUUUGAUCCAUUAAGAAUGGCAAUAAAAACUGUAACAUAGAGGCUCAGAAUAAAUUAGAGGAAAAACAAAAAGAAAUGGAGAAACUUAUUCAAGAAAGAUCAAGUGUAAUAUAUUAUAAAAAAUAAAGCAAACUGGAUGGAAUAUGGGGAAAAAUGCACAAAAUUCUUUUUUAAUCUUCAACAUAGGAAUGCUACCAAAAAUAAUUUAAUGAAACUGGUUACAAUUGACGGAGUCACCCAUGAUUCACCAAAUUAUAUUUUGAAGGAGGAAACAAAGUACUUUAAGCAUAUGUUUUAUUUUCAGUCGCCUCCAUCUCCUCUAACUGAAGCUAAUUGUAGAGAUGUUUUUUCUAUUGAUAAUGUAAAAUUAACAGCCAUACAGAAAGACUCAUGUGAAGGUGAAAUUACAGAGGAGGAACUUCUGGAUGCAAUUAAAGACUUUAAGUCCGGGAAAACUCCAGGGUUGUAUGGCAUACCAGUCGAGGUAUACCAAACCUUUCUUGAUAUACUAAGAGGACCGUUAUUAGCAUGUUUUAACCACUCCUAUGUAAAUGGUAGAUUAUCUGACACUUAAGAAGAAGGUCUGAUCUCAUUAUUACUGAAACAGGAUACAAGUAGAAAAUAUAAAGAUCCAGUCCAUUUAAAAAAUUGAAGGCCCCUUACACUUCAGUGUUGUGAUGCAAAAAUUCUAGUAAAAUGUAUAGCGCAUAUAAUUAAAAAGGUAUUGUCGGAUAUUAUUCAUUCUAAUCAGACAGGUUUUUUACAUGGAAGAUACAUUGGAGAUAAUAUAAGGCAAAUAUUGGAAACAAUAGAACACUAUGGAAAAUCUGGGAAACCAGGCCUGCUAUUCAUAGCAGACUUCGAAAAGGCAUUUGAUAAAGUACGACUGGGUUUAUAUAUAAAUGCCUGGAGCAUUUCAAUUUUGGAGAAUCUCUUAUAAAAUGGGUCAAAAUCAUGUAUAGUAACCCUAGGUGUAAAAUAGUAAAUAAUGGCUAUUUCUCAGGAAGUUUUAAACUGUCAAGAGGAGUAAAACAAGGUUGUCCACUAUCGGCAUAUCUAUUUAUUGUGCCCAUCGAGAUGUUAGCUAUUAAAAUCAGAUCCAAUAAUAAUAUCAGAGGAUUAGAAAUCCAGGGCUUAAAAACAAAGGUGUCAUUGUACGCUGAUGAUUCAUGUUUUCUUUUAAAUCCACAACUAGAAUCCCUCCACAGCCUCAUAGAGGAUCUAGAUACAUUUUCUAACCUCUCUGGAUUACAACCAAAUUAUGACAAAUGUACUAUAUUACGUAUUGGAUCACUAAAAAAUACAAUUUUUACAUUACCAUGUAGUUCACCAAUAAAAUGGUCUGAUGGUGAUGUGGAUAUACUCGGAAUACAUAUCCCAAAGGAAAAAAAUUAUCUCACUUCAAUACAUUUUAAUAGAAAGUUAGCAAAAAUAGAUAAGAUCUUGCUACCAUGGAAAGGUAAAUACCUGUCAUUUUGUGGAAAAAUCACCCUGAUUAACUCUUUAGUAUUAUCCCAGUUUACCUAUUUGCUUAUGGUCUUGCCUACGCCUAGCGAACAGUUUUUGAAAUUAUAUGACAAAAAAAUAUUCCAUUUUAUUUGGAACGGCAAGCCAGACAAAAUUAAACGGGCGUAUUUAUAUAAUGAAUAUGAAUUCGGAGGACAGAAAUUAUUAAAUAUUAAAGCAUUAGACCUAUCACUAAAAGCUUCAGUCAUACAAAAGUUAUACUUAAAUCCGAACUGGUUCUCAAGCAAAUUAGUAAGAUUGUCUCACCCAAUGUUCAAGAAUGGCCUUUUUCCCUUUAUUCAGAUUACAACCACUCAUUUUCAGUUAUUUGAAAAGGAAAUCAUCUCCCAAAUAUCACUAUUUCUAAAAGCCAUAGAAAGUUGGUUGCAAUUUCAAUUUAAUCCUCCAGAAACGACAGAACAAAUAAGGCAACAAAUAUUGUGGUUAAAUUCAAAUAUACUAAUUGACAAAAAACCUUAAUUUUUUGACCAAAUGUUUAAAAAAGGUAUAAUCUUCGUAAAUGAUAUCAUCGGUAGGACUGGUGGAGUUAUGUCGCACAUGCAGCUAACAAAAACAUAUGGAAAUGUCUGCUCUACCCAAAAUUACAACCAAAUAAUUGCAGCCUUACCGCAAAAAUGGAAGAGGAAAGUGGAAGGGGGAGAAAGUAAGAAACUUGUCUGUCGGCCUUGCAUUAAAGAACAUAAUUGGUUAAGGAAAACUGUGAUAAAUAAAAAAGUAUAUCAGUUUCAUUUAAGUUCCAAAGGAUUGACAGCCGUUCCAUAUAGAUUGCAAAAUAGUUGGGAAGAGAUUUUUGACGUACCGAUCCCAUGGCAUAGUGUUUAUGAACUGACACGCAAAACGACACCGGAUUCAAAAAUUACAAUCUUUCAAUUUAAAUUAUUAUAUAAAAUUCUUGCUACCAAUAGAAUGUUAUUUAUAUGGGGGAUACAAUCUUCCCAGCUCUGCAGAUUUUGCUGUGAAGAGACAGAAUCCUUAGAUAAUUUGUUUUGGUUCUGUCCAUUUGUAGCUUGUUUUUGGACACAAGUCCAGGAAUGGCUAAAGGAUUGCAAUAUUUACCUGGAGCUAACCUUGCAGAUAGCAUUACUGGGUGAUCUGAAAAGUCAUAGUCAAUCGAUCAAUAAUAUAAUAAUACUUUUAGCAAAAAUGUUUAUUUUUAAUUCACAAUCUGUAGAAACAAUGAGAAUAGAAAGGUUCAGAACUUUUGUAAAACAUCACAGUACAGUUGAAAUAUAUAUGGCAAAUAGAAAUCCUAUAUGGAUGGUGUUAAGAGAUAGAUGGGAGGUGUUGAAUGGAGUUGAAGAAUGGGACUAAUAACAACUAACAACAAAUAAUAACAAGAACUAAUAAUGUAAGCAUACUGUGUCCAUAAUAAGUAUAUAGGUUGUAUGUUGGGAGCUUUUGGGAAAGAGCACAGUUAGAAAGAUAUGGCAUAUAGAAGCAAACCGGAUGGACAUCAUGAAAAUGAUCGGAGAGGUUGAGAGUAGAAGAAGUUCAGGAGAAAAAACAAACAAAAUAUAAUUAUUGUAUAAUUGACUGUGUCCAUAAAAUAUAGAUAGUAAGUAUAAUCUGGAAGUAGAGGCCUAAGCAUUGUUGUUCACUAAUUUACCCCAAGUAGGGAAAGGAUGGCGGGGUUGAAAAGUAAUAAAGGGGAGUAUAUAUAUAUAUAAAAAACAUGGGGGAUUGGAAGUGAUGCAGACAAUUACAUUGAUGGAAGUUACAAUCUAUCUGCAAUAUUAAGCUGAACUACCCCUAAGAAAAAAAAGAAAAAAAUAAUGGCAGCUAACACUUGGUUCUGCUUCCCACUGUUAGGACAGUGGCGUACAGGAUUAAGCUUUGAUGCUGCCUGCUGCCAUUGUUCAACAGAAUAUAUCUUGACAUUUUAUGGCACCACUCUUUGACAAAUAGUCUCCAAAUAGAGUUGGCACGGUAACCCAUUGAAAACAGUUUUUCAAACUAACAGACAGGUAAAUUUUUUCAAGAAUAUUAUUCACAGUGUAAAUGGUAUUGUAUACUGAACAAAAAUAUAAACGCAACAUGCAACAAUUUCAAAGAUUUUACUUAGUUACAGUUCCUAUAAGGAAAUCAGUCAAUUUAAAUGAAUAAAUUAGGCCCUAAUCUAUGGAUUUCACAUGACUGGGAAUACAGAUAUGCAUCUGUUGGUCACAGAUAACUUUUUUUUUUAAUGGGCCUCACACUGGGCCUCAGGAUCUCGUUACGGUAGCUCUGUGCAUUCAAAUGGCUUUAAAAUGGCCAUCAAUAAAAUGCAAUUGUGUUCGUUGUCCGUAGCUUAUGCCUGCCCAUACCAUAACCCCACCGCCACCAUGGGGCACUGUGUUCACAAUGCUGACAUCAGCAAACCGCUCGCCCACGUGGUACACGUGGUCUGUGGUUGUGAGGCCGAUUGGACAUACUGCCAAUUUCUCUAAAACGACAUUGGAGGCGGCUUAUGGUAGAGAAAUUAACAUUAAAUUCUCUGGCAACAUCUCUGGUGGACAUUCCUGCAGUCAGCAUGCCAAUUGCACUCUCCCUCAAAACUUCAGAUAUCUGUGGCAUUGUGUUGUGCCAUUUUAAUGACCCCAACACAAGGUGCACCUGUGUAAUGAUCAUGCUGUUUAAUCAGCUUUUUGAUAUGCCACACCUCAGGUGGAUGGAUUAUCUUGGAAAAGAAUAAAUGCUCACUAACAGGGAAGUAAACAAAUGUGUGCCAAAAUAUGGUGAGAAAUAAGCUUUUUGUGCAUAUGGAAAAUUUCUGGGAUCUUUUAUUUCAGCUUAUGAAACAUGGGACCAACACUUUACAUGUUGCGUUUAUAUUUUUGUUCAGUGUAGUAUCCUUUUAUUCAUAGUCAGUCAGGACACAUAUCAAUCAGUGGCGGUCGGUACCAUUUAAGAUUAAGGAGGACGAAUAUUUUUUUAAUGAGCAUGUCCUUAUUUCUAUUACAGCAUAUUGGAUGACUGUAAUUUAUAUUCCACUCACCCAGCUCAAUGUAACAUCCAUAGCUUUAGGCUACUACAUGAUACUCACAUUUUCCCUAUACCCAUCAUGAGGUUGCUACAACCUAGCCUAUGAAUGAAAGUUUACAACAUAGGUGCACAGGUCGAGGCACCCCAAUGGUAGGACAGCAGAGUCCCUGCCCAUCUUCCGAAGACAUCUGAAACCCUAUCUCUUCAAGCAGUAUCUUAAAUAAUCCUCCUCCUCACCUAAAAAUGUAAAAAUAACACUUAACCAGCACUGUCUGUGACCAGGUGAAAAAACCUUUCCAAGCAAAACCUUCACAUCAUAACCGUUAACUGCUACACACAGCCUGCAUCGUUGUCACCAUAUUAGCUAACAUCAGUAAAUAUAGCUAAUAGAACUAACGUGUUAGUAAACCUGCUACAAUCAUGCAGUACAGUCAGCAAGCAGUUUAGCAGUUACAAUGGCGGGCCCCGGUGGUAAUAAAUUAAUUAAACCAAAACCUUAUCUUGACUUGGAAGAGUUCCAGUGUUGGAUAGCCAUAGCCAUCUAGCUAACAUAGCAUCACACUGUUUGAGCCGGGUGUUUGAGUAGCCUAAACUAGCUAGCUGCAUUCGCUAGCUAAGUAAAAGUGAAAAAAAUACUACAAAAUAUAGCUAGCUCUCUCUUGCUUCUCCUUCAUUUUUAAAUAAAUACAUUUGUUCAAAACUGUUCAACCAUUGUCUUUCUUUCUCCUUGAGUCAACUACUCACCACAUGUUAUGCACUGCAGUGCUAGCUAGCUGUAACUUAUGUUUUCAUUACUAGAUUCAUGCUCUGAUCCUUUGAUUGGGUGGACAACAUGUCAGUUCAUGCUGCAAGAACUCUGAUAGAUUGGAGGACGUCCUCCGGAAGUUGUCAUAAUUACUGCGUAAGUCUAUGGAAGGAGCUGAGAACCACAAGCCUCCUAGGUUUUGUAUUGAAGUCAAUAUACCCAGAGGAGGACGGAAACUAGCUGUCUUCCGUCUACACCAUGGUGCUACCCUACAGAGUGCUGUUGAGGCUACUGUAGACCUUCAUUGCAAAACUGUGUGUUUUAAUCAAUUAUUUGGUUGACAUGUGAAUCUAUUUAAUAUAGUUUUAUCUAAAAAAUUAUACUCACUAUAUUCAUAUAUAUUUUUUUAUAUUCAUAUAUAUAUUUUUAUGAAAUUCAUUGAGAAGGAUGGUCCUCCCCUUCCUUAUCUGAGGAGCCUCCACUGGUAUCAAUGUGAUGUGUUCUGGGGCCUUUUUAGUCAAAAUGUUUCUGAAAAGACUAGGGGAAACAUGAUUAUUUUUGACUUUCUGUCUGUACUCAAUCCUCUCUACUCUAUGUUUUAUCAUUCUUCUUCUGCUCUCUAUGAAUUGCGUGAUCAGACAGACAGAACACAGACAAAUCACUAGUUUGAUAUUACACGCAACCACAAGGUCUCCAGUGUUAAAUUAUUCUUUGCUGUUUUCUAGCUUGUUUAUUUUGUUGUGUUGUGUAUUAUUUCAUGCUUCAUUGAACAAGGACUCUCUUUCCCUUACAUAGUUCUGUUUCUAAACACCACACACACACAAACACCCACUAAGACACACAGAACCUCCCCCCCACACACAAAAACACACACCACCUGACUCCCCUACACACACAGCCACACAAACACACACACACACACACACACACCACCACACUUCCCUACACACACACACACACAAACUUCUCUCCAGUACACACACACAUACACACCCAGACACCAACACACACACCUACACACACCGGUGGUCUCCCCUACAGCAGUCUGUCUGGAGGUCAUGGUAGUGUAUCACAGUGUGAGACCAGCUGGGGGGUGAUUGGCCUAGGCCUCCUCCUCGGCCCAACACUGCAAAGAGACAGCAACACAUGUUCACUUGGCAGACUCUCUCAUCUACACUGACUCACAUGGCCUAGUGAUGAUCUCUGAGCUUGCUCCACAAUAUGGAGACAUUAGCCACAACAAGCUACACAGAAACAGUGGCUAAAGCAGCACAGGAGUGCAAUGAUGAAGCAUAUAAUUAUGAUAUGUUUUGUGUGUCAGGCUUUCUGUUAGCCAGCAAUUGGCGUUUUUUUUUUUUUUUUUUAAGCAAUAAAUAAAACUGUUGCUGGCCAAAAUUACCAGGAGAAUAAAAAAUCCCAUUGCAAAAUAAUGCUUUUUAUUCAUUGAUGGAAAUACCAGUCGAUGUAAACACAUCAUGCUUAUCGGUCUAAAGGUUCAUUUGAUCUUUUUGUGGAAUUAAAUUGGCCUGUGUGUAUUUCCGUUAGUCAUUAUGUAUCUUAUUUAUCCUACACAUCACAUGCAUACAGAGCGUAUUUUGAGUGAGAUUUCACCUGCAGCUCCUCAGCUGGUUACUGCUGGAGUAAAACAUGCUUUUAUCAGUCCAUUCAUUGAGCAACAAUUCUAAAUUCAGUCAUGUGUUUAAAACAGUUUUGGUCCACGAUUAAAAAGAGAUACUAUUUUUAUUUCUCAACUGGUAAUUGAAGAGCGCCCCCCAUUCCCCAUUCAAGUGCAGGCAACAGGCUAUCAGCCGCCACUUUACAAUGUGAGCUGAAGGCAGUUUGCAUUUUGAAAAUUGUUUUAUUUCAUAUUAUGAGGCAUGUCUUUUAUAAAGACUUCAUAGGCGGCGCGUGAGUUUCAAGUUUGGGGAAGCUUACAAUUUAUCUUACAAUUUCUACCGCUCUGCAUGUCAGUUAUGAUUUUCAUAUCUGCAUUUUCGUGGAACAGUUUCAUUUCAAUAAUAACGUUUUCCUUUCUCAAAAUCAUUGUAAUGUUGUUAAUCAUAAAAAUCAUAAUUAAAAUGAUAAUAUCUAAAAGUUUAAAGUCCACUAAUGCGAGAUCACCAGCCUCUGCCAUAUGGACACGUUGAUACACCGCGAUCCAUUAGCAGCGAAAGAGAUGAGCGCAUGGAACUCAUAGCCUAUAGACCAUUGCUCUUUCACACUGUGGAAAUUGGGGUUAUUGAGGUGGAAAUUGUUGGAAAGAUUUCUGAAAUAGCUUACUGUGAGGAGCUAUACUUUAAAUAUAUUAUCAUUCGCAAUGGAUGUAAAAAAACAACAACACUUUCCUACAUUUCCUCGCAGCAGGCCAGGUACUUCUAUGCGUGCUUAGGCGCGCACGCUCCCUCAAUAUCAGACACAUGCUCAUUGCUCACAUGGAGCACUCAAAACAAAAAAAUAGAAAAAAUAGAAAAAUCUCAUAAAUGAUGGUUCUGAAAUAAACCAAAACUAGCAGGUACUCAGAAUGAAAACGGUAAAUGACUGUAAUUAAUACAUGCGUUAACAGAAAUGUAUGUAACCAAAUUACAGGGAUUAACGGUACAUUUACUACUGGUGAUAAUAUAUAAUAGGGAAUUGAUAAAAAAAAGGUAAAACAAUUCACACAAUGAAACAAUGAAUGCGCAAGUAUUGGCGGGAGAAAGCUGAGCCAUUCUGGAGAGAGACUUGUCUAUAUAUUCGCCACACACCCCUCACCUUCUUCUUGUCUCAACAUUUUAAAUGAUACUCCAGACACAUUAUCUUCACACAUAUUUUUAACUGACAGCCGCAAUUCAAUCAUCAGCUAGGCCUACUGCCAAGCGCACUGCCCAAAUUGCAGGCUUCCCAACAGCUUGUGAUUUGAAACAAUCCACAGCUAUUUUUUCAAAUAAAAUAAUUCUCGAUUCCUCUGUGGCUAAGUCUGGUGAAGUAUUUUGAAUUAUUUUAUUUAUUGCUGUAUAGACAGGAGUAAUUAUAUGAUUUUGGCAAACUAAUUUCUCUCCUGUUCCAUUGGUUUUCAUUUCAACUUUCUUUCGAUGCCAGAAGCCAAAGGCACAAUCCUAGUCAUAUUAGCAACCCAUCCUCAAAGUUGCAUCUUUAGAUUCCAACAACGAUUUUCAUCUCUGUCACAUAUGGAACCGCUAUCAGGUGCGCUGUUUAGAAUGGUGUUUUCCCAGGUGCGCUGUUUAGAAUGGUGUUUUCCCAGGUGCGCUGUUUAGAAUGGUGUUUUCUCGCGAAAUGCUUUUUGGCAAAUAUUAGAAAAUGGCAAUUUAUUGGCUGCUUCUUUACAUGAGUUCCUUGUUCUAUUAAGAUGCAUUACCAUAAUCUAGAUUUGAUUUCUGUCAUUCUGAGCACUGUGGGAGGAAGCCCUAAUGGGUUAUGCACCCAAUGAAUAUGGGUCCGGCAGAUUUCUCAAAUGGCCGGUAAAUUAAAAUUUUCCGGGUCACGUUGUCCGGCGCCACAUUUUCCUAAUGGAAACCCUGGUGUGUGUGUGUGUGUUUGUGUGUGUGUGCAGGUGUAAACCAGGCUCCUUCAACCUGCAGGAGAACAAUCCAGCUGGCUGUAUGCCCUGUUUCUGCUUCAGACACUCAUUGGCCUGCAGAUCGUCCAAUCACCAUGCAGCUGUCAACAUCACAUCUGACUUCCUUGAAGGUAUUCAGCCAAUCAUGAUUAUCUUGAAAGUACGGCAUUCAGCUAAUAACUAGCUAAUGACUUUCAUAAGUUAUCAGCUAAUUAUGAACUCCUUAUAUUGUGGUCAUCAUCCUGAAUCAUUCUGCCAUGUUCCUCCUCCUCCUCCCCCCUCCCUCCCUCCCUGCAGACACAGAUGGCUGGUCAGGCCAGUUCUCCGGGGUACAGGAGUAUCCUCUGCUGUGGAAGGAAGGGGAGGUCUACUUGCUACCACUCAGUGAGGACGACCUCGGCUUCUACAGAGCUCCAGGUGAGAAAGACAGCGCUGACACACACUCACACAUACACAGAGAGAGCUGACGUCACCUUUAAGGUGAGAUAUGAGUAGGAGUUUUCCCAGACAUAAAACCUGGCCAGGAACAAUGUAUAGGAGAAGAUCUGGACCCUAGAGUUUAUAGGAGAAGAUCUGGUCCCUAUAGUUUAUAGGAGAAGAUCUGGGCCAUAGAGUUAUAGGAGAAGAUCUGGGCCCUAGUUUAUAGGAUAAUAUCUUGGCCCUAGAGUUAUAGGAGUGUCAAAGUGCGACGUGAAUGCGGUAGGCCAAGUCAAACGCAGGACACCGAGCUACUGGAAACGUACUUUACUAACAAAGUAACCAGAGUACAAAACAACCUCCAAACAGGGAGGAGAAUACCCGCACAAUAGCAACUGCCGAAAAUGACGAGAACAAUCACACACAACACACAAUGAACGACAGAGGGUUAUAUAGGGAAUACAAUACAACAUAAUAGGAAACAGGUGUACACAAUCAAGACAAAACAAGUCAAACACAGAAACACAGCAGCGGUAGCAGCUAGUACUCUGGGGAUGAAGAACGCCGAAGCCUGCCCGAGCAAGGAGGAGGAGGAGCCUCGGCUGAUUCCGUGACAGUAACCCCCCCCCUUGACGCGCGGCGCCAGCCGUGCGCCGACCCCGGCCUCGGAGCCUCACUGCGGUGGCGAUCGGCGCUCGCCUUUUGCCGCCUGAUAGCCCACUGCAGAUGGACAUGCGCAGCGUUCCAAGUUUCUUCCGAGCGCCGAAACCACUCGUCCACCGCAGGGUCUUCGGUCUGGCUCUGAUGCCAAGGUGCCAGGACCGGCUGAUAACCUAGCACACACUGGAAAGGCGUAAGGUUAGUGGACGAAUGGCGGAGUGAGUUUUGGGCUAUCUCUGCCCAGGGAAUAUAUCCCGACCACUCCUCUUGCCGGUCCUGGCAAUACGACCUCAGAAACCUACCCACAUCCUGGUUCACUCUCUCCACCUGCCCAUUACUCUCGGGGUGAAAACCUGAGGUAAGGCUAAUCGAGACGUUCCCAGACGUUCCAUAAACGCCCUCCAGACUCUAGAGGUGAACUGGGGACCCCGAUCAGACAUUAUAUCCUCAGGCACCCCAUAGUGCCGGAAUACGUGUGUAAACAGGGCCUCAGCAGUUUGUAGGGCAGUAGGGAGACCUGGCAGGGGAAUGAGACGGCAGGCUUUAGAAAACCGAUCCACAACGACCAAGAUCGUAGUGUUCCCCUGGGAGGGGGGAAGGUCCGUGACAAAAUCCACCGAUAGGUGAGACCACGGCCAUUGUGGAACGGGUAGGGGUUGUAACUUCCCCCUGGGCAGGUGUCUAGGCACCGUACACUGGGCGCACACCGAGCAGGAGGAAACAUAAACCCUCACGUCUUUCGCUAAAGUAGGCCACCAGUACUUCCCACUAAGGCAGUGCACUGUCCGACCAAUACCCGGAUGACCAGAGGAGGGUGACGUGUGAGCCCAGUAUAUCAAACGAUCGCGAACCUCGAGCAGCACGUACUUCCGACCCUCUGGACACUGUGGAGGAGUAGGAUCGGAACGUAACACCCGCUCGAUUUCCGCAUCAACCUCCCACACCACCGGUGCCACCAGACAAGACUCCGGGAGUAUGGGAGUGGGCUCAAUGGACCUCUCCUCUGUGUCAUAUAGUAGGGACAGGGCGUCUGCCUUAGCGUUCUGGGACCCUGGUCUAUAGGUGAGCUUAAAUACAAAGCGGGAGAAAAACAUAGCCCACCUUGCCUGGCGAGGGUUCAGCCUCCUCGCUGCCCGAAUGUACUCCAGGUUAUGUCUGGAGUACAUGCCUCAGCCGACCACUGCAGGCGCACCGGACCCCCCUUUAGCAGAGAUGUAAUGGGAGCUGCUAUCUGUCCAAAGCCCCGGAUAAACCUCCGGUAGUAAUUGGCAAAACCCAAGAAGCGCUGCACCUCCUUUACCGUGGUGGGAGUCGGCCAAUUACGCACGGCAGAAACGCGGUCAAUCUCCAUCUCUACCCCUGACGCGGACAACCGAUGUCCCAGGAAGGAGAUGGACUCCUGGAAGAACAGACAUUUCUCCGCCUUCGCAUACAGGUCAUGCUCCAACAGUCUACCAAGCACUCGACGCACCAGGGACACAUGCUCGGCUCGUGUAGCGGAGUAUAUUAGAAUGUCAUCAAUAUAUACCACUACACCCUGUCCAUGCAAGUCCCGGAAAAUCUCGUCCACAAAUGAUUGGAAGACUGAAGGAGCAUUCAUUAAACCGUAUUGCAUGACGAGGUACUCAUAGUGACCAGAGGUGGUACUGAAUGCUGUCUUCCACUCAUCUCCCUCCCUAAUGCGCACCAGGUUGUACGCGCUCCUGAAAUCCAAUUUUGUGAAGAAUCGCGCCCCGUGUAAUGACUCCAUCAUACUAGCAAUCAGAGGGAGAGGAUAGCUGUAUUUGAUUGUGAUCUGAUUGAUACCACAGUAAUCAAUACACGGGCGUAAACCCCCAUCCUUCUUCUUCACAAAAAAGAAACUCGAGGACGCAGGGGAAGUGGACGGCCGUAUGUAACCCUGUCUCAGAGAUUCGGUGACGUAGGUCUCCAUAGCUGCCGUCUCCUCCUGAGACAGAGGAUACACGUGACUACGUGGAAGCGCAGCGCCUACUUGGAGGUCUAUCGCACAAUCCCCCUGUCGAUGAGGUGGUAAUUGAGUCGCCUUCUUUUACUGAAGGCGAGUGCCAAAUCGGCAUACUCAGGUGGAAUGUGCAAGGUGGGAACUUGGUUCGGGCUUUCCACCGUCGUUGAUCUACGGAAACGCCUACACACCGCCCAGUACACUGAUCAGACCAUCCCUUGAGAGCUCUCUGUUGCCAUGAAAUGUUGGGGUCAUGAGUGGUUGGGGUCAUGAGGGACCAGGGAUGCCCCAACACCACGGGAAACGCAGGAGAACAAACGUAAUAUCUCCUCAUGGCCCUCCUGCGUUUUCAUCCGGAUAGGCGCCGUGACCUCCCUAAUCAAUCCUGACCCCAAAGGGUGGCUAUCUAGGGCAUGGAUAGGGAAGGGCACAUCAACAGGUACGAUAGGAAUCCCUAACUUAUAGGUGAACUGGCGAUUGAUAAAAUUCCCAGCUGCGCCUGAAUCUACUAGCGCCUUAUGCUGGGAGUGAGGAGAAACCUCGGGAAACACCACUUUAAUACACAUAUGAGCAACAGAGAGCUCUGGGUGAGUUGGGUGCCUACUCACCUGGAAUGACUCAUCAGUGCGUCGCCCACUGCCUCGAUUCCUAGGAGACCCUCCUCAGCACCGACCAGCAGUGUGUCCUCUGCGGCCACAGUUGGUGCAGGGGACGGCCUCCCUCCUGGUCUCCCUCCUGGUCUCCCUAGCACCAGCACCCCCGAGCUCCAUAGGGGUCGGCUCGGAAGUGCUGGGGGAUGGAAUGGACGGCCCCGAAUCCGGACGUCCGCGGGUAGCCAACAGGGUAUCCAGGCGAAUAGACAUGUCCACCAGUUGAUCAAAGCUGAGGUUGGUGUCCCUGCAGGCCAAUUCCCGACGCACGUCCUCCCUCAGGCUACAUCUAUAGUGGUCGAUGAGGGCCCUCUCAUUCCAUCCCGCGUUGGCAGCCAGCGUCCGGAAGUCCAGCGCAAACUCCUGCGCGCUCCUCCUCCCCUGUCUAAGGUGGAAUAGACGCUCACCCGCCGCUUUACCCUCUGGUGGAUGAUCGAAUACUGCCCGGAAGCGGCGGGUGAACUCUGCAUAGUUGACCGUAGCGGCGUCUACCCCACCCCACUCGGCGUUGGCCCACUCCAGCGCCUUGCCGGACAGACAGGAGAUGAGGGCGGACACGCUCUCGUAUCCUGAGGGCGCCGGGUGAAUGGUUGCUAGGUAGAGUUCAACCUGGAGUAGGAAACCCUGGCACUCGGCCGCUGUGCCAUCAUAAGCCCUCGGGAGCGAGAGCCGAAUCCCACUGGACCCCGGAGGUGAAGCGAUGGGCACCGCCGAUGGUGGUGGUAUCGUUGGAGGGGGUAUAGGUAGACCCCCUCUUUCCCAUCGCUUAAUGGUGUUCACCACCCGUUCCAUGGCGGUGCCGAGAGCCUGGAUCAUGGCCGCUUGGUGUUCGACGCGUGCCUCCAUAGAUCCAGCUGGCACCGCCGCUCCUGCUGACUCCAUGAGUGGUGUGUGAUUCUGUCAAAGUGUGACGUGAAUGCGGUAGGCGAAGUCAAACGCAGGACACCGAGCUACUGGAAACGUACUUUACUAACAAAGUAACCAGAGUACAAAACAACCUCCAAACAGGGAGGAGAAUACCCGCACAAUAGCAACUGCCGAAAAUGACGAGAACAAUCACACACAACACACAAUGAACGACAGAGGGUUAUAUAGGGAAUACAAUACAACAUAAUAGGAAACAGGUGUACACAAUCAAGACAAAACAAGUCAAACACAGAAACAUAGAUCGGUAGCAGCUAGUACUCCGGGGACGACGAACCUGCCCGAGCAAGGAGGAGGAGCAGCCUCGGCUGAUUCCGUGACAAGGAGAAGAUCUGGGCCCUAGUUUAUAUGAUAAUGUCUGGGCCCUAGAGUUAUAGGAGAAGAUCUGGGCCGUAGAGUUUAUAGGAGAAGAUCUGGGCCCUAGAGAUUAUAGGAGAAGAUCUGGGCCCUAGUUUAUAGGAGAAAUUCUGGGCCCUAGAGUGAUAGGAGAAGUGUAUGCAUUUCCGGGAUGAGGAAAGAUUACACAAAGAUGGUCUGUGCUUGGAGAGAGCUCAGACACCUCCUGGUCUUUUAACAUGUAAAUAUGUAAAUCAUAUUACCGUCUGCCACCUAUAAUACCCUUGGCUUGUUGCUCGAGAUAAUUCCUUUGUUAGAUUAAACAAUGCCUCAUAACAUUAGCCAUAAGGUCAUAAAGCACUUACUGCAACACCAUUUUGUCACAGCAGACUCUUAACACGACCAUUAGGAGAUAAGAGUUAUAGCUGGCUCUGCUACAGGACUGGCUCUGCUGCUCUCCCUGUGCUCUGUCCCAAAUGGCAUCCUAUUCCCUACACUACCCUAUAGACCCUGUUCAAAAGUAGUGCACUAAAUAGGGAAUAGGGUGCCAUUUGGGACUAAAGCCUAUAUAUCAGUAGGAGAGACUAGGCCUGAUGGAAUUGGAUGUCUUGGCCAUAGCUGGAAGAAGAAGAAAGGGGAAAUCAGCCUGGCUCAGCUCAGGCUGGCUACUCAGUGCACCAAGGACCAAGCCCAGCGAAGCAGCAGCCAACAGGGAGAGGGAUAGAGAGAACCAGAAACAGCAGAAAUCCCAU